AUGGGUGGUGAAGACAUUGCUCCCCGCUUCGAGACCCUGCAGCUCCAUGCUGGUAAAGACAUUGGAAUUUCUCUAUUGUUGCUGCGAGAGACUGACCAAGCCAAUUGCAGGCCAGGAACCCGACCCAACCACCAAAUCUCGAGCAGUCCCCAUCUACGCCACUACAUCCUUUACCUUCAAUGACUCGGCUCACGGUGCGAGGCUGUUCGGCCUCAAGGAGUUUGGCAACAUCUACUCCCGCAUCAUGAACCCGACUGUCGACGUCUUGGAGAAGCGCAUUGCAGCCUUGGAGGGCGGUGUUGCAGCUUUGGCUACUGCGUCGGGCCAGUCGGCUCAGUUCAUGACCAUUGCAGCUCUGGCACACGCCGGCGACAACAUUGUGUCGACCUCCAACCUCUACGGAGGCACAUACAACCAGUUCAAGGUCUUUAUGCCACGAUUUGGAAUUACCACCAGAUGGGUGCAAGGCGACGACCCGGCGGACUUCAAAAAACUCAUCGAUGAGAAGACCAAGGCCGUUUACGUGGAGACUAUUGGAAACCCCAGAUACAACGUGCCGAACUUUGAGGCUAUCGUGAAGGUUGCACAUGAGGCCGGUGUUCCCGUGGUGGUGGACAACACCUUCGGUGCUGGUGGUUACUAUUGCCAACCCAUCAAGCACGGUGCGGAUAUUGUCGUGCACAGCGCGACCAAGUGGAUUGGUGGGCAUGGUACUACUAUCGGAGGUGUCGUCGUCGAUGCUGGCAAAUUCGAUUGGGGCACUCCAGACGCUCGCAAGCGUUUCCCUCAGAUGACUGAGCCCUCGGAUGGAUACCACGGCCUCAAGUUCUGGGAUACUUUUGGUGCCAUCACGUUUAUCAUUCGCCUGCGAGUUGAGAUCCUCCGUGACCUGGGAGCUGCCCUCAAUCCAUUUGCGGCCCAGCAACUCCUUCUCGGAAUCGAAACCCUGAGCUUGCGUUGCGAGAGACACGCAGAGAACGCGCUGAAGCUUGCUCAAUGGCUGGAGAAGAAUGAGAACGUGGCCUGGGUCAGCUACCCUGGUCUCGCAAGCCACAAGAGCCACGAACUCGCGAAGAAGUACCUCCCCCGUGGAUUUGGCGGUGUUCUGUCGUUCGGUGUCAAAGGUGGCGGUAAGGCUGGUAGCCAGGUCGUCGACGGCUUCAAGCUCAUUUCCAAUCUGGCGAAUGUCGGUGAUUCUAAGACUCUGGCUAUCCACCCGUGGACUACUACCCACGAGCAGCUCAGCGAUGAGGAGAAGAUCAGCAGUGGUGUUACUGAGGUAAGCUUGAAAACAUAUUCCUCUGCAGCGUUUAUGGAUACUAACGGCUUUGGUAGGACCUCAUCCGCAUCUCCGUGGGCACUGAGCACAUCGACGACAUCAUCGCCGACUUCCAGCAAUCGUUCAAGAACGCAGAAACGAAGCCGAAUGAACAGGGCGUGGACAACUCUGGCGUGACUGGCUCAGCCAGCGCUCCGACCAACCCGACUGUUUGA